UAAAUUAAAAAUAGUCGUUAGAAAAUUGGUCAAUUGAUAACUGUAAUAUCACUUUUAUGUCUCGUAAAUUCUAUUUGUAAUGUUUUAAAUUUCGGAAAAGUUUCAUGAGUAUGUUAGUAUUCACAUUCAAUUGGUUUACCGUCUUCCAGAUUACGUGCAAUGUGCUCGUGUAUCUUUCUCGUAACAACCCAACGCGGCAAAUUUUAGCGUCGGAAGUAAAACAACGAAAGUUUUCAAUGUGUCCUGACGUAAAUGUGUUAUGCUAGUGCUGUGUAGGCCCUUAACGAUGAGCUUCUCUAGCGAUGAAGUCAACUUUUUAGUCUACCGCUAUCUUCAAGAAUCCGGUUUUGUGCAUUCAGCAUACACUUUUGGUAUAGAAUCGCACAUAUCACAGAGUAACAUAAAUGGAGCUUUAGUACCACCAGCUGCACUUCUAUCUAUUCUACAAAAGGGAUUACAAUAUACGGAAGCAGAAAUUUCUAUUGGCGAAGAUGGAACAGAACAAAGAAUGGUUGAGUCUCUGUCUCUCAUCGACGCGGUUAUGCCGGAUGUUGUUGCAUCUAGACAAAAUCAAAUCAAUCAACAGAAACAACAGAUAAAAACGGAAGUUCAAGAUACAAAUAGAGAAGAAGUGGUGACAUCAAAUAAUGGCGUAGGAACAAGUGAUCGAGGUGGUGAUAGAAAUGAAAUGGAAGUGGACGAACAGCAGCAAGGUACUGGAACGGGUGCUAAUGCUAGUGCUGUUGAAAUACCAGCUAGUAAGGCAACCAAAUUAAGAGGACACGAGUCUGAAGUUUUUAUAUGCGCUUGGAAUCCUACUACUGAUCUUUUGGCCUCUGGUUCUGGAGACAGCACCGCCCGUAUUUGGGAUAUGUCAGACAAUUCUCAGGCUCCAAAUCAAUUGAUUCUUCGCCAUUGCAUCCAAAAAGGUGGUGCGGAAGUACCUAGUAACAAAGAUGUUACUUCGUUAGAUUGGAAGUGCGAUGGUACGUUACUGGCAACUGGAAGUUACGAUGGAUAUGCACGCAUUUGGACAACAGAAGGCAGAUUGGCUACUACUUUGGGUCAACAUAAAGGUCCAAUUUUCGCAUUGAAGUGGAAUAAAUGUGGCAAUUAUAUUUUAAGUGCAGGUGUUGAUAAAACAACUAUUAUUUGGGACGCCGAAAGUGGCGAGUGUACUCAGCAAUUCAGUUUUCAUUGUGCACCUGCAUUAGACGUCGAUUGGCAAACAAACACUUCAUUUGCUAGUUGCUCUACAGAUCAAUGUAUUCAUGUAUGCAAACUGAAUGUAGAUAAACCCAUAAAGAGCUUCCAAGGUCAUACGAACGAAGUUAAUGCAAUAAAAUGGGAUCCUCAAGGUAAUCUACUAGCUAGUUGUUCGGAUGACAUGAGUUUGAAGAUAUGGUCUAUGAAGCAGGAUACGUGGGUACACGAUCUUCAAGCUCACAGUAAAGAAAUUUAUACAAUCAAAUGGUCUCCGACUGGUCCAGGGACACACAAUCCAAAUAUGAAUUUGACACUUGCCAGUGCAUCAUUCGAUUCAACUGUAAGAUUGUGGGAUGUAGAAAGAGGAGCUUGUAUACAUACGCUCACAAGACAUACAGAACCAGUGUACAGUGUAGCGUUUAGUCCGGAUGGCAAGUUUCUUGCUAGCGGAAGUUUUGACAAAUGUGUUCAUAUUUGGUCUACUCAGAGUGGGUUAUUAGUUCACAGUUACAAAGGUACGGGUGGUAUUUUCGAAGUAUGUUGGAAUAGUAGAGGUGACAAGGUUGGUGCUUCGGCAUCAGAUGGCAGUGUAUUUGUUCUCGAUCUUCGUAAACUGUGAUCAUGAACAUAGUUUAUUAUAUUUUCCUCCAAUUCAUCAAUUCGUUACACUUUUGUAUUACCUUCUCUCUGUAUUUCGCUUAUUCAUAUCUAUGUCUUUUUUUAACGUUUACAUAAAAUUAUUAUUAUGUAUGAAACUAAAUUAUAUCAAAAUUUUAUUGAAAAGCAAUUAUUAUGAAAGAAUACCAUUUGUUAAUAUGGUGUUGUAUGUCUAUAAAGAGGGAAAAAAAAUCAUUAAUGAGGACAUCAAUCGAAUUCUAAUUUCAAAUAAUUGUCUUUCAAAAAAAUUUUCUUUUAAAAUAUUCGUAACGAACAAAUGUGAUGUACAUUACUCAUAUUUUCAAUGAUAUCGUGUACAGAAUAAAGCGAUUUAACUGUUUAUAUUUAGAGAGAAAGGCAAAAGUCUACUGUUCACUAUACGAUUGAAGUAAGUGAACUAUGUGUAAUAACUGUAAUAACAAUAACUAAAUAUUGUAAUGACAGCGAUAAUAAUUAAAAAGAAAGAAAAAAGAAAGAAAAAAGAAACAGAAAGAAAAAACAAAAAGAACAAAAAAGAAAAAAAAAUAAACUUUUGUAAGGAACGGUACAUUGGCAUUGUGUUGUCUUUCCAAAAGGAUCCAAGGAGAGGAUUAAUAUAAUCUCAGGACACGUGGUUGUACAUUAAAUAAAAUUUAUUAUCACGUUUAAAAUCACACAUCGUAGAACUUAUAUUAAAUUUUAUUUUCGGUCUACCGACGAAAUGAUAUAUUUUAGGAACGUAUCGAUAGACAUACAUAUCUGUUUAAAUAAAAUAUGACGAUAUUUUUUUUCUUAAACUAUCAUUAAAAAUAUAAUAAAUAAAUUUGAGUUAUAUCAUUGGAAGAAGUUUCGAAGAUAUUUUCAAUUUAUCUUUAAAUUAAUCGAAAGAUUCGUCGAAAAGAUUGCAAUCUAUGUAUGUUAUACGUAUGUAUAUGUAUAUGUAUAUGUAUAUGUAUAUGUAUAUGUAUAUGUAUAUAUAUAGAUAUAGAUAUACAUAUAUAUACAUAUACAUUCGUAUCUUUCUUUGCGUGUAAUGUACAAUGUAAUAUACAAACAUGAUACACAAUAUGUAGAUUAAAAUCGUCGUUGACGAGAAGAGAUGUAACAUUGCACAGGUAAGUCUUAAUUUUUAAACAUCGAUGUGUACAGGCAUUGCCGGAAAUGUUAAUAACGCGCGAAUUUCAAACUUUUACUUUAGUUUUUACUCUACUUAAUGAAAGAAUUUCUUUAUUCGAAAGAGAGAGAGAGAGAGAGAGAGAGAGAGAGAGAGAGAGAGAGAGAGAGAAAGAGAGAAAGAGACAU